AUGAUGCCCUCGAGAUCGACGCCGAACUUAAGGGAAAACAGCAAAAGCACAGGAGUGUACUCAUACCUGCACGAUAAGUCAGGAUUGAAUUUCGCCCCGACGAGUAUAAGCGAAACUCGGCCUACGAGAAAUGACGAUUCUCCACCGCCAGCGCCCCCUGUUAGAGAUUCAUCCAGUCUUAAGUCCAUCAAGUACGGGCCUGGACACGAAAAGUUUCCGUCGUGGCCUGUGCCUGCCGCUGCGGAAACUCCACAGGCACUACGCAACCAAAACAAUGGCGGCUCACAUAGAUCAAAGUCAUGGACAGACCAUACCAAUUAUCCUAAAGAGAAGGUAGUACCAUACACGAGACCAUAUAUGAAAAGACAACAUUCAGCAUAUACUCAACAGAAACUCAAAACUGUGAUGGAAAAUUGUGAAAAAAUUCCACCCGAGACAUUUGAAUCACGCUACGACAAAAUGAGUGAUAGAAUUUUCUUGCCAAACUUGGAUAGCGACGGUAAAAAAUUAGGCGACAUGGAAUACAUUGUGCCAUCUCCUCCUGAGCGGGACAUUUCCUCCAAACCGCAGCUGACUCAGUCCGAACUGGAGGAAUACGCUAGGUCCUAUCAAGAGCCCAAGUACUGCGACGAUAUUAAGCCCAACCAUGAACUUACAGAAUCGGGUCUCGAAGAAUUCAUGGAAUACACAAGAAACUACGAAGACUCCCUCUUCGGCUCAAUGAACUCCAAACACGAUGGAAGCAUCCUUACCCAUCUCCACCAAAAACAAAUAUCCUAUGCCCAAUCCGAAGGCUAUCACAGCUACGUAUCCAGCACGGAUUCCACUUCGACCCCCUUCUUAGACCGUCUACGAAGGGACAGUGAAGCCGUAAUGGGUCGACCCAUGUCCUCAAACACUUGGGACGAACUGACCCCCGAAGACAUUCCUAGCUCGAGAAGCGAAGGCAGAGACAGUGUUGUGACGACUAGUUCGGGCAGUGCCUCUUCUAGUGAGACCCUAAAAUGGCACGGUUCCAUGAGUGACGUUUCGGUGACAUCUCAUAGUAGUUCGCAUCAUAAUUCCAGUAGCUCUACUAGGCAGUUGAUAGCCCAUAGCGCUAGGGUACAGACACCUCAAAGACACCAUUCGGAAAGUGUGUUAUAUAUGAGCGGGGAAAAGGAAAAUAAUUCGUGGAAAGACAGGGAAAGUCGGAAUAAUAACGCGAAUAAACUUAAAUUGUUUCCGCUGAAUACUUAUACGGUGCAGGAUGAUAACCAGAUGAGUGGCAUCAACAAUAGUUCUAAUAAUAGGCUGUCGAUAUCAUUACAGUCCGCUUUGUCAGUGGCAGAUCGCAUUAGUGAAUUAGAAAAGCAACAGAAAUACUCAUAUUUUGAUCCUGAAAAACGACACAAAGUUCCUGAUCCCACGCUGAAAGCCAUUCAGAAAAAGGCUCUACUUUCCUUCUACGAGAGACACAACAAUCCGAAUAACAAGAGCUCUUGGCGAUCGGAGCCUCAGCUGGCUCAAAAUACCUCCUUGACUUUGCCGCAGCCGCCCAUGAAACUCAAGGUGCAAAAGGCACAAACGCCUUCAAGAAGAGCCUCUUCAGCAUCCGACUACGCUUCUGGCAAUAACUCCAAGCGAAGCAGUCUAGCUUCCAGUUUGGAAUCGAAAGCUGACUACAAACCCAUACCAAGACAUCAACACAGCAACUCAUGCGGCAGUCUCUCCACUGACAUGCUAGGACCAAUGAUAGUGGGACCAUCGAUAUCGGUCGACGAUUAUAUUCCUGAUCAACCUCCAGCUAGGCCACCUAAAAAUCCUAAUCUAAGGAACACUUUUCCCGAUCUAUUUCAGGAUCAAAGGGUGCCCAGUCCCGAUUUGCCUCCACCUUCGCCGCCUACUGUAUUAGAAAAUGAAGUGUUUAAUAAUGAUGAACCACUUCCACCUCCUCCACCUGAAUGUGAAAAUGGCUGGCAGGAAGAUUUUGUUGAGCGGCUGGUCGACAGCAGUUCUGGACAUCAGAUGCCUGCUCCGCAAGUGCAAAAGACUAGUAAGAAGGAAAGUAAACUGAUUCAACAGACAAUAGGACUUCCAGAAAGAUAUCCUAGAAACUGUGCAGUGCGUUCCUCUAUUAAAACCAAAUCUACAGAUCAAAUCUUCCAUCAGGUCAACAGCAAACCAUAUAACAACACCAAUCACGUUGAAACGAAUAAUAAACCAGAGCAAAUUUUAGGUUUUCCAAGUCAAAGAGGUUAUCAGGAAAGAUCAAGUGCAAGAUACCCAAGUACGCAAAAACUGACUAUGAAUGGAAGUAUAGCUGUGAGCCAAAAAGUAAAUGGCAUUUCCGAUCAGUACAGACCCGAACCUUUAAGGUCGCAUAGAUCAGAAACGAAGUCAGUGCCGAGUCCGACAGAAAUUCAUCGAGCUCAAAGGGCAUCGAUUGCAGAAAGUCCCGGUAAAGAAGUUCCUCCUCCCCUACAACCCAGGCAAAUGAGGGUAAACCAAUCAAUGAGGGCGAGAAUAUCGUAUGACCAAAGGUCUGGUUCAACUGUCAAAUAUUCACCAGAAAAGGAAGUCUUCAGAGGCCACCGAUUAUCCUCAAUAAGCCAAUCAAAGGCAUCCUACCUGACGACAGCCCGUCGUGAUCGGGAUAGAAUCAUCCCAGAAUCAGAAACUGGCAGCUAUAAAAGGACCAUGUCGCCCAACGGCCAUGCUCUUCCCCCAGAAACAAUCAACGAAUCUCAAAAAGUAAACCACAGAGAAACGAUUUGGCCAUCCCACAGGCCAGUCAAGAACAACAGCAUCUUGAGAAGAGCCUCUAUGAACGACAAAAACAUAGAAAAAUGUGAUGACAAAGAAGACUUAAAAAAAUCGUUGGUUUUACCAGAUGUUCUGCCUGUUAAUGUGAAGCUAAUGGGGCCUAGAUCUCAAUACAACAGGCCUCCGCAGCUGAGUCUUGUAUCUGACAGCGAGUCUAGUGUUAUUUCGCCAAAGUCUCCGGUAAAAUCACCUCCUUCUUCACCGCCAAAGAGUCCUUCUAGGAAUUCUCCGUUUACGCCAUUACGUACAACGACAUACUCUACGACGACAGUAUCUUCUUCAAGUAUUGUUACAUCUUCUCCUAUCACUACUCUCCCUGCCACUAGAUUUUCUAUUAGUUCAGUUGGUUCUACUAAUAGUAUAAGGACUUUACCGGCCACUCUACCCAGGGCCAACGUUAGUCCUAGUAGAGACUCCAAACCUAGUUUUACACCUCCACACUCUCCAAAGCGAUCAUCCCCUUGUACACCUAAAUCUCCAAGGAGGAAUUCCCCUCCUAUUAAACCAUCUUUAUCUCCCAGUUCUACUAUGAAACUUUCUCCUGUUAAGACUUCUUCCCCAAUUCAUAGUACAUCUUUACCACCUUCUCCCCUUAGUAUAUCCUCGUCUACAAAUACUCCUUCACCUCCUGGUUCUACAACGCCCAUACUAAAAGAGGAAUAUCCUAAAGUAAUCGAAGGAUUACAGUUAAUUCAAAGGACUGAAGUCGUUCUGAGGGUUAACACUACUACAACGGAUGCAGCUUCUCAAACCGAGAAAGAAGAAUUACCCCCAACGCCUUUGCCCGUACGGAAGAAAUUGAAAGAAGAAAUCGAGUGUGAACAAUUAGCAGAAGAUCUUGUAGAUCACUUGCCUAGUUCUGAUAGGCUGAAGGGGCUUUUAGUGCCUCUGCCUGAAUAUAAGAAACCGACAGAUUACGUACAGGGGUUGUUCCGUGUAGAAGCAACUACAAAGCCUAGAUCUCUUAACUCCCCCUUCCGAAGUAAAAACAACACACCAAGUAGUACGCCCCCGCCUACGUUAAUGAUUCCUGUUAAUACUUCAGCUACAAUGACAGCAACCACCCGACUGAGUUUAUCGCCUGCUUCGCCAACUUCUCCUACACCUUCGAUACCAUCAAUAGAACCUACAAGUCCUCUGUCAGGUUCUUCAACGUACUUCACCACCUCCGAAGCCAAGGCUAAACUUCUUACAAGGUAUAGCCAGGAUAUGAAAAAUUGUGUUAUCGUCAAAAAUACCAAAGAUCUUAGUCAAAAGAAGGAAGAAUUGGUUAGUCGUUUAGAUAAAAAACUUGAAGUGCUCCGAGGUGAGCAGUUCAUAGUGAACGACGAAUGCAAAAUAAAUGACGAGCUCGGAGAAAAUGUAGAAAUACAUAUCAACAGGGUGGCCAGACCCCAAGAGGUUGCCAAAUUUAGGCUCCAUGUAGAAGAGGUUGGGAAAAUCACAAGUCUGCUACUAAGUCUAUCGGGAAGAUUAGCCAGAGCCGAGAAUGCCCUAAUGAGCAUGGAAGAAGGUGAUCCAGAGAAGAGGAUAUUAGAAGCCAAACGAGACAAACUCUUGGACCAACUGGAGGAAGCGAAAAAAUUGAAGGAGAGCAUCGACCGAAGAAGCAUCAACGUUUCGAAUAUUCUGUACAAAUACCUUAAUUCCGAGGAGUACGCAGACUAUGAUCAUUUCAUUAAUAUGAAAGCCAAAUUAUUAAUGGACUCGAAAGAAAUCUCAGAUAAAAUAAAAUUAGGCGAAGAACAAUUGAUAGCGCUUAAGGACACCCUUAUAAUCACAGACUGA